CCCUAAAAUAACCCAGAACGAUUAGCUUUUUAUAUAAAACCGAACAUCAAAAACAGUGUUUUCGUCUUCAAAGGCUCUCUAGUAGGAAAGGACCAAAAGGGUUUAAUCUGCUGUGCUCGUUGUAGCUCACCACCCAAACUUUAACAAUGGCCGUCGGUAAGAACAAGAGGAUUUCCAAGGGAAAGAAGGGAGGAAAGAAGAAAGCAGCUGAUCCAUUUGCGAAGAAGGAUUGGUAUGAUAUCAAGGCUCCAUCAGUUUUUACGAGCAGAAAUGUUGGGAAGACUCUUGUUACCCGUACUCAGGGUACCAAGAUUGCUUCAGAAGGACUCAAACACAGAGUGUUUGAGGUUUCACUGGCUGACCUUCAAGGAGGUGAUGAGGAUCAUGCUUUCAGAAAGAUUCGUUUGAGAGCUGAAGAUGUUCAAGGAAAAAAUGUUUUGACCAACUUCUGGGGAAUGAAUUUUACGACUGACAAGCUGAGGUCUUUGGUUCGUAAAUGGCAAACUCUGAUCGAAGCUCAUGUGGAUGUGAAGACUACUGACAAUUACACUCUGAGAAUGUUCUGCAUUGGGUUCACUAAGAGACGCCCAAACCAGGUUAAACGGACUUGUUACGCACAAUCCAGCCAGAUAAGACAGAUUCGUAGGAAGAUGAGGGAGAUAAUGACCGCGCAAGCAACAUCUUGCGAUUUGAAGGAAUUAGUUCAAAAAUUCAUUCCUGAGAUGAUUGGAAAAGAAAUUGAGAAAGCAACAUCGAGCAUCUAUCCUUUACAAAAUGUGUUCAUUCGUAAAGUCAAAAUUUUGAAGGCUCCGAAGUUUGAUCUUGGAAAGUUGAUGGAGGUUCAUGGUGAUUACUCGGAAGAUGUUGGUGUGAAAAUAGAGAGGCCUGCUGAUGAAACAAUGGCUGAGGCUGCCCCGGAGGUCAUUGGAGCUUGAAUGAAACACUCUUUGAAUUUGCGUGUGUUCUUUUCUUUCUGAUUCCAACAGAUUUGAUGAUUUUGUUUAAAACUAGGAGAAAUUUUCCAUGGUUUUGAUUUGAUCUCUAGGAUAUGGUUUUGCAAAUUGAUAUUGAGUUAGACAAUCUGUUGUAUUAGAAAGUCCUACUCUAUAUAUGAAAUUUAUUAUAUAUUGAAUGACUUCUUUUGACA